AUGGCUACCGACUACAGCAAAAAGACCAAUGCCGAGCUGGUCGAGAUCCUCAAAUCUCGCUCCCUCCCGCACACCGGCAAGAAGGCGGAAAUGGUCGCCCGUCUGCAGGAGGAUGACACCAACAAAGCCAAGUCCGAGGCCGCCGCUGCGCCGGCCACCACCAAGACCGACAACAACACGGAGGACGUGAUCGACUGGGAGGACGACGAUGUGGCGGCCGCUGAUGCGGCCGCAAAGCCCGCUGCCGAACCCGCGGCGGGCACGGUCGCGGCCGGCGAGAAGCCGCAGGCAGAUACCACCGCCGCCGCCGCGGAGGCCCCCAAGGCGGAAUCGCAAGAAGCUGCCGAUAAGCAAGAGCCUGCUGGAGAGGCCGCCCCGGCGGCAGCGGAGGAGAAGCCAGCGCCGAACUACGCGAUGGGCCUGCCCAUCACGGAGAUGGAGGAGGAGUUGAAGAAGCGCAAGGCGCGCGCGGAGAAAUUCGGCAUCACGGAAGAGUCCAAGGCGGCCAUCGAGGAGGCGGAGAGGAAGCUGGAGCGGGCCAAGCGGUUCGGCACGGCCGCUGGCGAGAAGACCGAGGUGGGGAUCGGGCGCCUCGACGAGGCUCUCUCCAGUGAGAAGCCUCGCAAGCGCGGGCGUGACAAUGACCAGGGUGGACGCGGUGGAAAGAGACGCGACGUUGGUGGUCGCAACCGGUUCCAGCGUCGGGGCCGGGGAGGCAACCAGAACGGCAGAGGGCAGGGACAGCCGAAGAGCAACGGUAGCGCCGGCAAUGAUACUAGCAGCGGACUGAGCGAAAAGGACCGGCUGGCGAUGGAGGCGCGGAAGAAGCGAUUUGGGGCUGCCGCAUAA